GCUCUGCUCGGCGGCCGCAUUUCGCCGGAAACCAACGCCGUCGUGUGCUCCGUUUCGUUCGGCUCGCUACUACUCAGUCGCCAGUCGUCUCAGUUCUCGCUAAGCUGAGCUGCAGUGAACGUCCUUAAGACACUCUUCACGCUUCUCUCACUGUCUAUCUUUUUUUCUGACACUAAGAGUCUCCCCGAAGCACACGCGUGUGUAUCUCUCUUAAACUUUUUAACUUAAAAAAACACAAAACACAAAUUAAACAUGAGUACCAAGGAGAACAGCGGAGACGUCGUCGUCGAGAAGGUGUCGGAGAACGACAAACCCAACAAUGACGCGAAGUGCGAGCUCAAGGGUAUCAAGAGGGCGGCUGAGGAGAAAAAUGACGAGCCAAAGAAGCAGAAGAAGGAGGAGAAUGGUGAUGGAGAAAAUGACGUAGAAGAAGACGAAGGUGAUGAUGAUGUUGAAGGUGAAGAUGAGGAAGUCGAAGAUAUCGACGGCGAGGAAGAGGAAGACGAGGAAGAUGUGCCAGAAGGCGAAGAUGACCUAGAUGAAGAAGAUGAAGAAGAUGAUGCUGAUGAGGAAGAAGACGUAUAAUAAAGGAGCUGCAGAGCACCUUUAUGUAAGAAGAGGUGGAGGAGGCCGUCGGCGUGCCCACAACCCUCGUCGUUGUAGCCGUCGUCGUUCGUCGGCAUCAUACUCGAGCUCAUUAAUACAUACUCUCAUAUUGAGUGGUUUGGUAGCGCACUAGCGUUGUUGACGACGCCUGUCGGACGAAUCCUCCUUUAUCUCUGCCACUUUUAGAUGUUAAGAGAACAACAAAAAUGUCCCCUCGUCAGAAUUGCGUUGGACCGACACAUUAGUGAUCAGUAUCGCCUCUACCCACUCCUUGCUGCGUUCACCGCAACAAAUAAUCAUCAUACACACACACAACAGAUCAUUGUCAGCACACCCCGGCAGCAACUUGGAAAAAAACCAUUUCUUUUCGUCCGUCUCGGAGCCUACGCAAUUCUGACUCCAGCUCUCCCUAGCCUCCACCAAAUACUUGCUAGGCCGUUAGAUUAACGAAAAUGCUAAGUUCGCCGCCUUUUCAUCUUCAAGAAUCUUGCGAAUCUGUUAAUAAGCCUUAGAGUUUUUUCAUUAUUGAAUAAAUCAAUUACAGUUUGAGUAAUUUUGUAUUCCUCUUUAUAGACGACUGUUAUGUUCGCGAAUGUUCUAGUUUGUGUAUGAACGGCAGAGGCAACAAACAACAAUGCAUAUAAUCUUCAUCAACUGUAUGUCUAUCUACACAUGUAUACACAUCAGAUUGUGUAUCACACCAAACAUAAUUUUUCGAUUAGUUUCCUGUAAUACAGUCAAGAUUAAUGUACAUCAAUGGUGGAUGUAUCAUUUAUUUGUAAUCGAUAACUGUCACACUCAAUCGGAUUUUACGAAUCUGAUACGUGCCGCCACCUGACUUGAUGCAGGACAAUUUUGUAUCAAAAAUUAUUUAAGAUGUAAGAAAAAGUUCUAUUGUAUUUAAAUAGUGUAAAAUGGACUUAAGUGGGUGAUGAAUUUUUUUACUUUUUAAAAUCAAUUUUGCGACUGUAGUUCGAAGAAUGUCUCUCACUUAGUGCGCGUGACAGAUUUUAUUAAUUUAACUUACUUAUCUCAAAAUCGUUCUCAUCAUCUCUUUCCGUUUUCUGACAAAUGUCGAUCUAAUCGAUGUAUUGAUGUGUGAAUAAAAAAAAUAAUGAAAUUCUGACACACGCGCGAACAACGAAUUUGUUGUGAGCGGUGCAUUUGCGACAGAUAAAAAAUGUAUGGUGCACGUUAAUCAAAUAAAUAAAAUGAUGAUUUUUACAAAAAAAAAACCUUCGAAAUUUUUAUGAGCGUGCUAUCUGUAUGACAAAUACAAUAUACAUUUUACAAAUGCGGUGCUCGCGCUUAAUUAUAUUAGUGUAUAAAUUUUGAACAUUGCAUAAUAUAUAAUCACGACAUGUAUAGAGAUUGAAAGAGAACAACAAUUGUUUCAUAAAUGAAAUUGUAAUGCAACAGAGGGUCAAGGAAAAUUGAAAUAACUUAUACGCAUUAAUAUGUGUUAAUUUAUGGCAGCAAAACCAACUAUUACACUACAGUUGAAUAAAAAUUACCAAUUUUUAUCAUCAAACCAUGAAUUUUUAAAUUAUCUAAAACGCCUUUAAGUAUUGUGAAUUGUGAUUGAGUAUAACCUAUUUCAUCAGUAAACGAGAGAGACGAUUAGAAUGUACUUAUGUAUAUUUUCUGACGAACUGCAAUGUAUAAAAAAAUAACAGCUAUGUUAUAGACAAAUGAAAUUAUGUAUUAAAAUGAAAUUUCUCGAAAACAAGAUCAUUGGUUUAUAAAAUCAGUAUAAAGAAUUUCUACGAUUUAUAUAUAUUUAUUUAAGCAACUUGAGAUAAUGAAAUCUUGAUAAAUUUUUUUGUUUAAUACGUAACGAAAAUAUAUCAACCUUGCGUAAUUACGUACGUAAUUUAUUUAAAAACUAUUAAGAUUUAUCGACUUCAGUUUUUUUUUAAAUUAAUUAUUUUUAAUUUAUUGUACCUGUUGGCGUACAAUGCACUUGAAAAUGGUUUUUUACUUUUUUUUUUUUUUUAUUUUUUUAUUUAGAAAUCAUUUCAACGUGUCUGCUAGAAAAUGCCCAACAAACUACUUCUGCUUCUUGAAAUAUCAUAAAAGUAAACGUACCUUUUUUAUUUUUGAUACUC